AUGAGUGGCAUAACUCUUAUUUUUCAGACCUACAAGCCAUCGAAGACUCUUGCGACAGUGUGGCCUCAAAUGAACAACGACCAGAAGACUUGUAUUAGAGAUCAGCUGGGCAUGAUUAUGUCAAAUUUAAGGUCUAUACCUCACAAUUCCGGUUCUGCAUUUGGAGGUGUGGCCGGUGAAGGUUGCAAAGACAUUAGAAGACAUCUACGGAAGAGUCAGAAGCCGAUUCGAAGCCUUGUUGAAUUUGAAGAAUUCAUGUUCUCGAGCCCUCAUCCUGGCGGUCAAGUUUUCAUUGAGCUGCUUCGUCAACUUUACCCGACUCCACCCACGGAGAUGAAGAUCGUUUUCACGCACGGUGAUCUUCGACCAGAAAACAUUACGGUUGACAUCGAUGACUGUAACCAAUGGGUUGUCACUGGACUUCUUGAUUGGGAAUAUAGUGGAUUCUACCCUGAAUACUGCGAAGCUUUCAAGUGCACUAACUGUUUAGCUCCAUACGAGGAGGAUGAUUGGUAUCUGUUUCUGCCCGAUUGUAUUUCGCCAAAACGCUAUGCUCAUUGGUGGCUCUUGGGUAGAGUCCGAGAGGCAAGGGUUGUUUGA